AUGGCCAAGAUAGAGGUAGAGGCCCCGAAAAAGCCACAUUUUUGCCCCUGGCCCGAUUGCCACAAGACGUUCACUCGAUCUGCUCAUCUCGCACGUCAUAUCCGGUCCCAUGGCGGCGAAAAGCCUUAUACGUGCCCUCAUGAGGGCUGUGGAAAACAAUUUUCGCGCUCAGAUGUUUUAAAAGAGCAUAUUCGAACCCAC